AUGAAGAAUUCAAGUAUGUGUGUCAUGUGAGAGAUCAUUUUACUCGGUUCUCUUGGGCUCGGGCACUUACUUCUAAAAGGCCAAUUGAAGUUGCAUCAUUUCUAUUUGACCUUUUUCAUUCAAUUGGAUCAUCUCCAACUAUAUUACAAUCAGAUAAUGGAAAAGAAUUUGUUGCACAAGUUAUUAAAGAGCUUAUUGAAUUGUGGCUAUCAGUAACUAUUAUCAAUGGGCGGUCCCGACAUUCCCAAUCUCAGGGACUUGUUGAAUGGGCUAAUGGAAUUUUGAAGCAAAAAUUGAGUAAAUGGAAAGAGGAUACUGGCCGAAGUGACUGGUCAUUUGGUUUAAGAUUUGUUAUUACUGCAAUGAAUAAUUCAUGGUGUCGAUCACAUAAAAAAACACCUUAUGAACUUGUCUAUGGGGAUACAUCUCGUGGAAAUAGUACACUAAUUAAUGAAUUAUUUAACAAAGGUAUUUGUAAUGAAGAAGAAAUCCCACAAACAAUUGAUAUUCAAGCUGAUUGUGUAAUAGAUUUAGAUAAAGAUAUAGAAG